CCACACUUGUGGUGUAGAAGUCGCGUUCGGAAGCAGCUAGCAGUAUGAUGUCGGCUCGGCUGAAAGCAAAAUCAGAGGGGAAGCUUGCAAAACAGAUUUGCGAAGUUGUGUUGGAUCAUUUUGAAAAACAGUAUUCCAGAGAACUCGGAGAUUCCUGGAGUACAGUAAGGGAUGUACUCAUCUCUCCAUCCCUAUGGCAAUAUGCUAUCCUCCUCAACCGAUUCAAUUAUCCUUUUGAGCUGGAAAAGGAUUUGCAUUUGAAGGGCUAUCAUACACUCUUCCAAGGAUCUUUAUCCUAUUAUCCUAAGUCAAUGAAGUGUUACCUCAGCAGAACUACUGACCAAUUGCCUUCAGAAAGACACCAAAUUGGGAACUUGAAAAAAUACUACCUCCUAAAUGCUGCUUCUCUUCUCCCAGUACUGGCUCUAGAAUUAAGGGAUGGGGAGAAGGUUCUGGACAUGUGUGCUGCUCCUGGAGGCAAAUCGAUAGCUCUGUUGCAAUGUGCUUGUCCAGGUUAUCUUCACUGUAAUGAAUACGAUCGUCUGAGACUGAGAUGGCUGAGACAGACACUGGAAUCUUUUAUCCCACAACCUUUAGUAAAUAUAAUUAAAGUGUCUGAAUUGGAUGGCAGAGGAAUGGGAGAUGCCCAGCCUGAAACAUUUGACAAGGUGUUAGUUGAUGCUCCAUGUUCAAAUGAUCGAAGUUGGUUGUUCUCUUCUGAUUCUCAGAAGGCAGCCUGUAGGAUUCAGCACAGGAGGAAUUUGCCUUUUCUACAGGUAGAACUCUUAAGGUCUGCAAUUAAAGCCUUACGUCCUGGAGGGCUACUUGUGUACUCUACAUGCACACUUUCCAAGGCAGAAAAUCAAGAUGUGAUUAGUGAAAUUUUAAAUUCCUACAGUAACAUUGUGCCUGUGGACAUUAGGGGAAUAGCGAGAACUUGCUCCCAAGACUUCACAUUUGCUCCAACUGACCAGGAAUGUGAGCUCUUAGUCAUUCCCAAUAAGGGCAAAGCCUGGGGCCCAAUGUAUGUAGCCAAACUGAAAAAAUCUUGGAGUACGGGAAAAUGGUGA